GGUCCUUGAUCUGGCGUUUUUCACAAGGAUUGGCAAGAGAGUCUUGUUGGCAGUUUUUCAUGUUGACAGAUUGUGACAUACAUUGUUUUACUAUUGAACCUUAUCCUGAUCUGACUGUUUCAAAAGUCUGGCAACAUGAGAUUGUUGGCACUGAUGGUGAUUCAGGUAUCAAGAAAGAUAUAGCUAGUCAAAAGCAAAUUUGGCCUCUAGAUCUGCAGGUAGAUGAUCAGGGAUACACAAAGGAAAGAAGUAGUAUUGUGGUGAUUGGGCUUAGUAUUCACACAGCUCCUGUUGAGAUGCGUGAGAAGCUUGCUAUUCCUGAAGCUGAAUGGCCACGAGCUAUCGCUGAGUUGUGCAGUUUGAAUCAUAUCGAAGAAGCUGCUGUUCUCAGUCGCUGCAACCGAAUGGAGAUUUAUGUCUUGGCUCUCUCUCAACAUCGUGGUGUCAAAGAAGUUACUGAGUGGAUGUCUAAGACAAGUUGAAUCCCAGUUUCGGAGAUCUGUCAGCACCGUUUUCUCUUGUACAACAAGGACGUCACACAACAUAUAUUCAAAGUCUCAGCUGGUUUGGACUCCCUUGUCCUAGGAGAAGGUCAAUACUUGCACAGGUUAAACAAGUUAUUAAAGUAGGUCAAGGAGUCAAUGGAUUUGGGAGGAACAUUAGUGGGCUAUUUAAACACGCUAUCACGGUUGGGAAGCGUGU